ACACACAGAGAGGGCUACCUUGAGAGAGAGAGAGAGACACACAGAGAGGACUACCGUAAGAGAGAGAGAGCGACAAAGAGGACUACCGUAAGAGAGAGACAGAGACACACAGAGAGAGAGACAGAGAGGGCUACCUUAAGAGAGAGAGAGAGACACACACACAGAGAGGGCUACCGUGAGAGAGCGGGGGACAGAGAUUUGGGAGGGAGGAGGAUGGAGGGAGGGAGAGGAGGCUGAGUGUUGUCGUUAGUGAGAUGAGAGGUGUGGACUGUGCUGUCAUUGGUGAAAGGAUGGUAGGGUAGGGAGGUGGUGGGGAGGGAUGUUGGUGGAAGAGAAAGCCAGCUGGUAGCUUCACACGGGAAGUAGAAAGCAAACAAACACACGCGUCAUGGACCCCCCCCCCCCUCCCAUCCCUCCACCAAUAGGGAGGGCCUUGACUUUGAUUCAAUUAGCCACCUACCCACACCCUCCUAUCAUGCUCUCACUGUCGCUGUUUGCCUGUGUGGGCGUGUGAACAACAUCUGUGUGCGUGACACCGUGAGAGGGCGCGUGUGUGUGUGUGUGUGCGUAACACACUGUGGCAGGCAGUGAAAGGGGUAGUCCAUCUCAGUCUGAGCUGAGUUCAUGAAAGGGAGUCUGUGGACAUGGAGGUGAUGCUGAAUGCAGUGCAGACACAGAGCCAGGGAGAGACGGAGAGGAUCCUCCGCCUCAGACAGAGCCCUAUGCCCUGGGAGACUCACAGCUUCUAUGAUGGCAGAGAUCUCCACAAGAGCGAGGUAAUCCUGGUGCAGGUGAACCCAGGUGAGGCCUUCACUAUACGGCGAGAGGAUGGUCAGUUUCAGUGUAUCACAGGCCCUGCUCAGGUUCCCAUGAUGUCCCCGAAUGGUUCAGUGCCUCCAAUAUAUGUGCCUCCUGGAUACGUUUCACAGAUCAUAGAGGAGAAUGGAGUACGACGUGUUCUGGUCUUACCUCAGCAGCCAGAGUUCCACCCUGGGGGCCACUCCCCCCUGCACCACCCCCCUCCUCCACCCCACGCCCACCUGCCCGCCUUCAUGCCCCACCCCGCCAUGUUGCCCCCCCCACCCCACCUCUACACAGGCAUGGCGGGGGACAUGAGCUCCCAGUAUAUACCACAGUACCACCCGGCACACAUUUACUCAGAGCAGGCAGAUUCUCACUCACCACACGGACGCCCGCCGCCGUUCGUCCACCGCGACGAAAGGGCCAGCAAGACCUACGAGCGUCUGCAGAAGAAACUCAAGGAGCGGCAAGGGGGAGAGAGAGGAGGAGGAGGAGGAGGUGGUCAGAUGAAGGACAGCCCCCCUCCCUCGCCACAGAAGAGUCGAAGCAGCCCCCCCUCCAUGGACAGUAUCUACAAUGGGGUGGUUGGAGGAGGGAAAGGGCUGGAGGCUGAACUGGAACAGGGACAGACCAGCACCACCGCCAAGCAGACGGGCAUGGAGAAAGAACCUGGAGACAUGGAUGAAGAGGCCCUGCUCCUACAGGCCUUGUUGAACACUGUCAGUAAACCAGUGGUGACAGACAUCCAGGCCAGAGGGGCAGUGUUGAGCUGGGUGGCCCCCAGCAGAGCAGAGGGAGAAGGGGUCAGCCCCUCCCUGGAGCCUCUCAGUUACGAUGUGUCCAUCUCCUACAGCGGCAAGGACGGGAAGUACACCAGCAUGUACAGUGGUGAACAACUAAGUGUAACUUUAGAAGACCUGAGGCCAGCAACAGACUACCACGUCAGGGUCCUGGCUGUGUGUACAGGGCAGUGUUUACGCGGCAGUCCGUCGGAGGCAGUAGCCUUCACCACUCGAAGCUGCGAACCAGACCCCCCCUGCCCCCCCAGAAAGGCCAGUGGCUCCAAGAGCAGCACCCUCGUCCUCCAGUGGAAGGCCCCAUGUGACAACGGCUCCAAAAUCCAGAACUACACGCUCCAGUGGGACGAGGGGAAGGGGACCGGGGGGUAUGAGCAGUGUUACUACGGACCCCAGAAGCAGUACCGGGUCACCAAGCUCUCUCCAGCUUCAAGAUACUCUUUCCGCCUCGCAGCCAAAAAUGACAUGGGUGUAAGUGAGUUCUCUGAGACAGUGAACCUGUAUACCUCGUGCAGCGUACCCUCCCCCCCCCUCCCUCCAGAGCUGGUGAAGGCAGGGGUGACCUGGUUGUGUCUGACCUGGCAGAGACCCUCCACUUCCCCCAAGGAGGAUGACAUCUUCUACAGCCUGGAGAUGGAUGAGGACGAGGGUUAUGGCUUCCAACCCAGCUAUGAUGGGGAUGAGCUUUCCUGCACUGUCAAGAACCUGCACAGGAGUACCAAGUACAAGUUCAGGGUGGCAGCCUACAACACUGAGGGGAAGAGUAACCCUAGUCAGGUGGCAGAGUUCACUACCUGUCCAGACAGACCAGGAGGACCAUGUAGACCUGUCAUCAGAGGCAGGGUACUGCCCAACUCCUUCAGACUGGCAUGGGAACCUCCUAAAGAUGAUGGAGGGGCGGAAGUGACCAAAUACGUGGUGGAGAUAUCUGAGGGACUAAGCGGCGUGUCGUGGGAGCUGGCGUACAGUGGUCCAGCCAUGGAACAUGUGUGUGAGGGGCUGAAGCCAGGCCACUCCUACCAGACCAGAGUUUACUGCAUGAGUGAGGGGGGGCAAAGCCCACUGUCAGAGACUCUGCAGGUCCAGACUCCCGCGGUGCCCCCAGGGCAGUGCCAGCCGCCCCGCGUGGUGGGCAAGCCCAAGGCCAGAGAGGUGCAGCUGCGCUGGGGACUGCCGUGUGUGGGCGGUGGCAGCCCGGUGUCGGUCUAUAGUGUGGAGGUGUGUGGCGCUGGUCCUCAGGGGUCAACAGGUCAAGAGGAGGUCAGGGAGGUAUACCAAGGUUCGGAGGUCGACUGCACCGUGGGUAAUCUGCUCCCGGGACGGACGUACAGCUUCCGCCUGCGGGCCGCCAACAAGGCUGGGUACGGACCCCUGUCAGAGCAUUGUGAGGUGACCAUGGGCCCCGGGGCUCCAGAGCCCUGUAAGGCACCUCACAUCACCUGCAAGUCCCCUACUGUGGCUGUGGUCAGCUGGGAGGCUCCAGCCAGUAACGGGGCGGUCGUGUCAGAGUACCGUGUGGAGUGGGGGGCAGCGGAGGGCACCAUGCAGGUGUGUUACAGCGGUGCCAGCCUCACCCACGAGGUCAAGGGACUGCUGCCUGCCACCAUCUACUUCUGCCGGGUUCAGGCUGUGAACGUGGCUGGCGUAGGUCUGUUCAGUGAGGCGGUCCUCUGUCAAACUCCUCCUUCUGUACCUGCGGCCGUCAGCAGUGUCCAUGCCCUCAAAGAGGCGGAGCUACGUGGAUACCACACCUCCGCAGACCAGGAGGAGGAAGAGGAGGAGGAGGAGGAAGAUGGACCCCCCACGCCUCCUCUCUACUCCCCCUCCACUUGUCUAGCUGUUGGUUGGGAGCCGCCGUGCGACCACGGGGCUGAGAUCUCCUCCUACCUCAUAGACCUGGGGGAGAGACAGUCCAUCUCUGUAGGACCAGUCACCAAGUAUAUCAUUCAGCACCUGCAACCGGACACCAGCUACAGGAUUCGUAUCCAGGCUCUGAACAGCCUAGGAUCAGGUCCGUUUAGCCACACCUUUAAGUUGAAGACCAAGCCUCUCCCUCCCCAGCCCCCCCGGCUAGAGUGUACUGCUUUCAGCCACCAGACCCUCAGGCUGAAGUGGGGUGACGGCCCGGCCAAGGCCACGCCCUCAGACGCCCUCCAGUACCAGCUGCAGAUGGAGGACAAGAGAGGCAGGUUUGUCUCCCUGUACAGAGGGCCCUGCCACACUCACAAAGUCCAGCGGCUCAACGAGUCUACCUCGUACAUGUUCCGCAUCCAGGCCUUGAACGAGGCGGGCCAAGGCCCCUUCUCCACCGUUUACACCUUCACCACCCCCCGCUCGCCACCCGCCCCUAUCAAAGCUCCACGGGUGGAGCGUGUGGAGGACAUGUCUUCAGUCUGUGAAGUGAGCUGGGAGCCCCUGCUGCCCAUGAAGGGAGACCCCAUCAUCUACACGGUGCAAAGCAUGAUGGGUAACUCUGAGUACAAACAGGUGUAUAAAGGUUCUGCCACGUCCUACCAGAUGCCCGGCCUGCAGACCAACAGUGAGUACCGCUUCAGGGUGUGUGCCAUCCGCCAGUGCCAGGAUGCUCCAGAGCUGAGUGGUCCCUACAGCCCCACGGUGACGCUCUCCCCCCAGCGCAGUGAGCUGUCAGCGGGCAGUGUGAGCAGUGUGGGCCCCCGGGCUGGAGCUGACCCCGCCAGGCCCCUAACAGAUGAGCAGUGGGCUGCUCUCAUCAUCAUGCUCUGCGCAGUCAUCUCCAUCCUCAUCGCUUUCAUCAUCCAGUACUUUGUUAUCAAGUGAGCUGUAUCUCCCGUGUUUCUCUCCUCCGUCUCCUACUCUUUUGUUCCUCACUUCCUUCUCCUCCAAGCUGCAGGGUUACAGCUUUAAUUUCCUGUCGAUGUUGUAGUUUAUUUCUGUUGUCACCUCUGUGUGAUUAUGAUUAUAGCAGAGGGAGGGAGUCCAGGAGGAAAUUAUAUAAUGUAUUGCUUUGAUACCUUCCUGUCUUCCCCUCCCUCACCUCCCUUUACAGAAGCCUCUCAAUGUUUAUCAAGACUCCGCUGUGGUUGGUUACCCUGCACAGAAUAGAGUACCAUAUUAUGAGUCAUAAUUACCCAUAAGACCUAGCGGUCAAACAGGGUAAUGGUUACAAUAUUUUUUUCCACCAUUCAUUUUUCCACAUAGGGAAUUUUAGAAACAGUUCAAAUAAGGGCUGUGUUUUGUGUAGGCUUAGCCUGGCGUGACGCUUUUGAUAACCGUGUAAAUCUCUUUCAGACAAAGUGACUUUUGUCAAUGUAUUUGCCUGUAUUUACCAUGCAAAACUGAAACGCUAAUUAGCUGCUAAUGUGGCUAUCAUAAAGAACUACAAAUACCAUGAUGAUCUGGACGAGACUGACGAAUCGAGGCGAAGGUAAGAAUCUCUGUAUUAACUAUCUAAUGUUAGCUAAAUGUAGUCAUUAAUAAAUUGGCAAAAAAAUAAAUAAAUGGACAAUUCUGACAACUGUCUUGUGCAAGUAUUAAAUUGACACAAUGCCUGUUAACAAAGGUGUCAGCUAGAGACGAGGUGCAGGAGCAUGCUGGGAUUUGUAGUUUUCCAUGUUGUCUACUUUGACACUAAUUAGCAUUUUCACAUCUGAGAGUAAAAUGGAGCCAAAAUAUAUUGAUAAAAGUCCUAGAGAGAUUUACACGGUUAUCAACAAAAGCGUCACGCCAGGCUAAGCCUACACAAAACACAGCCCUUCAUUUUAAGUUUUUCUAAAAUCCCCUAUGUGGAAAAAAUUAAUGGUGGACAAACUAUUGGAACCAUUACCCUGUUUGACCGCUAGGUCUUAUGGGUAUUAUGACACCUCCACUGUGAGGCUCUAUACUUCAUUGUGAUUGGUUAACCUGUACAGAAUGGAUAAUGAAGGAGCAGGGAUAUACGGUUAAAAGAAAUAUCACUCACCAUGUACGUGUCCAACCAUAUAUAUGUAUAGAUUAUUCAUUUAUUUAUAUCGGAGUUUAAAAGGGGCCGGUAUGAAACUAGGUUGAUAUUAUAUAGCCUAUGUGCUGUUAGAACCUGGGACCUGAUUUGACCAGUGUUUUGCACAGAUGUGCAUGUCCAGAUGCACAGGUGUAGGUGUGCCACAGUUACACAUGCUGGCUUCACGUGCUCGUGGGAAAUGGGGAAACUGGGCAAUGGUAAGUCUGACAGGAUUUGUGUUCAAGUGCUUUUGAAGUCAGAAUAAUUCUUCAACCGAUUUAGAUUCAAGCUAGCUUGAUAGGCUUGCUAACAUUUGCUUAUAAUAAAGUUAGCUAGCUUGCUUAACGUUGACAAUAUGGUCAAGACUAGCUACGUUUAUCCAAAUUGAUAAGGUUGUAAUUGUCAGAAACUAAUUUGUUGUCAUUAGUUUUGGUUGAAAAGGUUCAAGGUCGGUAGUGAAAUGUCUCAACUCGAGUAACAUCAUUUUCUCAGAGUUUCCCCGCUUGUAAUUCUGACUUGAAGGUCAUUCAAGUGAAAUUUCCAACUGGGAACUAGGAGCUUCCGAUAACUCCGAUUUUAGCAUGUGAACACAGCAACAGUUAGGAAGUGGCUGGGUGAGGGGAUGGGGGGAGGUCAGAGGUCAGAUGUACCACAGAGAUACCUCGGAAGGGGGAAGUGGCCACACCUUCUGGAGUUUAUAUAAAGGGUUAAAUAGAGAGGACGAAUAGAUAUCCAAAUUCUUGUUUGCAUUAUAGAACGUUCAUUUAGCACUUUCCAACUUUGUUGAUGUUCAGAAUGUGUAGGGAUGCAAAAGUCGACUGGAGAAAUGUUAGUAUAUUUUUGUAUAGUGAAGACACACGGACCGGUUAGUAGUUGGAGAAAUUAAACGCUCAGAAGUAGAGUUUAGGGGAAAAUAUAACAUAAAACCAAACUAACACAAUGAUUAUGAUGAUGAAUAAUUCUAAUUAUUUUUUACUAUCAUAUAGUUAUACUGUAGCUUGUAUUUACAAUCAUGCAGAAUCUUUUUUUCUUUUCUUUUUUUUUUUGUUCUUCAGCACAAAACUUCUACUUCGCUUACUAUCCUUAUUCUCUCUCUUUGUUUUUUUUUGUGUUUUUUCACUACUUCAUUUUGCACCUUAAGUGAAAGAGGAAACCUUGACUGAAUGUGUCUUGGUUUUGUUAUCCAUUUUUAUAGACCUAUGUAUUUUCAGAUUGUACAAGCCCUAGUGGUGUUCUGGGUGUUUUUAAAAAAAAAAGUUCUAGUACCUUCCACAUGAUGUGUUGUCAUAGUAACAACAGAUGUUUUUUUUUUCUCCCGUCAGUAUCAGACCAGUUUGUUGUUUUCAGAGGAUUAAAGAAAACAAAUAAACUUGGAUGCAUUUUCUUAAUUUUGCUGAAGUUUAUUUUUUAUUUUUAUUAUUUUUAUUUUCGAAAACACAAUUAUGUUUUUGUUUAUUUCAUUUUUUAGCAAUAUUGAUUUGAUGUUAGUAAACAUAUAAUACGUAUAAUAAUCAUGAUGAAAUUAAAUAAUUGUAUUUGGAGGAUAUCAACGUUUCUGAUUUAUUUUGAUUUCUUUACAUCAGAGUCAUUCAUGUGAAUAUCUAUUUUUUUAUAAGAUUGAAGUAUAUGGUAUUAUAAACUAUGUCCAGAGAAAAUAAGAAAACACCUACAUAGCUUAAUAAUCAUAAACCGUGAAAAGUAAAAACUAUCCGCAGAUCAGAACUGUGUUAACUCGUACUUCCUGUUGAUCUUAAAGUUUGGCCUUUUUUCUUUUUUUGCGGACACAUACUUCCUUCACGCCAUUUCACCCGGUGCAUGGUGCUACACGUCACGGGGGGGGGGGGGGUUGUAGAUUUCAGCGCGCAAUAUGGGUAUAGAGACCCAGCUGAGCACUCGCUCUCAAGUCUGGAUGGUGGAAACUAUUCAUCGCACCGCUACAGGUUUACCAGUGCAGGGCGCGUACACCACACGACAAAAUCACAUUAAACCACCGUCUCUCCUCCAGUAUUGUCUUGUGAUGGAUCUUACGGUUUCAUCAGGGAGCCGUAAAGGAAUGGCAUCGCUGAAUUCACGUUACGUUAUUUCAUGCUGCCACAGAAUAGAAAGAAGUUAAACCACAUGAUUUUUGUAUUUAAAUUUCAUUGUUUUAAAGUUGUGAGAUAAGUCACUCAAAGUAAGGGAAUGUUCAAUGAGGCUGGGUGUUUAAGUACUCCAGGAUAACAUGGUGUAGUUGGUGGAUAAUCUGGUGUAGUUGGUGGAUAAUCUGGUGUAGUUGCUGGAUAAUCUGGUGUAGUUGGUGGAUAAUCUGGUGUAGUUGGUGGAUACUCUGGUGUAGUUGGUGGAUAAUCUGGUGUAGUUGGUGGAUAAUCUGGUGUAGUUGGUGGAUAAUCUGGUGUAGUUGGUGGAUAAUCUGGUGUAGUUGGUGGAUAAUCUGGUGUAGUUGCUCUCCAACAAAUAUAGAGGGCCGAGGACAUCCAAAAUCCAUCAGUUUAACGAAUGAAGUAACGCUGAAACCGAAUGUGUGUGUGUGAGAGAAUCUAAUUGACACGUAGUCUAAUUCAAUACGUAAAUUCCGAAAUACUGACAUUUUAAUCGAUAACAAAUGACAUGACCUUCCCCUGAAUUCUAUCAAGUAAAAUACAGAAUCCUUUAAAAUAUGCUAGCUAAACUGAGAAACAUUGACAACAUGCUGACACGAGUCAGAAAAGGGUUGGGGAAAGGCUCAAUUAAUCUGAUCUUGUUCAAUCGAAACGCUAAUAAUUUAAUCCCUGUGAUUGUCAGUAUACAGGUACAAUUGCAUGUUGACUAACCAAUCGCAGUGAAAUUAGAUAAAUCUAGUAGAUUGGCUUGAUAGCCACAUCCAUUUAACGUUUUUUUGGUCGGCUAGCAAGCGAAACUUGAUGUCACACAUCCGUUGACUUUUGGGACCAAUUUUCUCCAGCCUCUUUGUAGCUAGCUAUCGUUAGUUCAAAUAAAACCAAAUGAUGUCCUAAUAUGAAAGUAUAGAUCCACGGAACCGAGGUCCCAGGCGGAGGGUUCUCGGUUGAACGUGGACGCGCAUCGGACAGUCCUUACACUUUGAAACCCACACCGCACCCCGUUACGUAUAACCCCGCCCACCGGGUAAAAAAAUGGCAUAAAAAUGAGUAUGUCCCCUUUUUUUUCUCUCUCUGUGUGUGUUCCAAGUCUUUGUAACCGAUUUCCCGAGUUAUGCGAGCUAAUCAAUGUAGUCUGUGAUCAGGCAGUAAGUAGUCUAGUGUUGUGUUUUGUUAUGGACAAAUAUGAUUCUGGCUGUUGCAACCGUUAUAAAGCUGAUGAUACAGGUACUUUGCAUAAUGUUUUUUUUGGGGGGGGGGGGGGGGGGCAGGAGGGAAAUUACAUUGAUUUGGUCGACCAGGCAUCUUCUGAUUUCUGAUGUCUUAAUUCUUUGUCGUUUUUAAAGAAUUAAAUUCCUAUUUUUGAUAGUGAUUGCAUCGUGUGCCAUUGUAAACAGCUCAGCGUGGUGGCAGGUCAAACUACUACCUGUCGGGCUGAGAGAGAGACGAAACAAAACACUACAACAAAUAAAAUAAUUAAAAUAUGCACACACACAAAAAAAAUGAGACCAUUUUUAUGUAAUUUUAAUGUUUGCAGUUAGUUACCUCAUACACCGUACAUUCCAAAAUGAAAAUUUGUUAUACUAUAAAUACUACCGGUACCAGACAUAUCACUUUCAAAUGUUCGUUAUGGGAAUUAUAAUGUAGAAUCAUCAGUAUGUAUCUAAAGUGUGUCUGUAUAGCCAUGAUAUCUACAAAGAUCCAUGCACAAUAAAGAUUUAUAAUUCUUAA